AUGGGUGGUAGUGGCGACACAAUAAUAGAGGGGCCAAAUAGCAGCGGUGGUAGAGUUUUGAUGUUGCCUAAUGACGGUGGUGGUGGUGAUGGUGGAGGUGAUUGUAGUGGUAAUGAAGGUGUGGUGGUGGAGGGGGUUUUACCUGGUGUUCACGAUGAUGGUGCUGGCAGCGACGUGGUGGUUGUGGCGGUGGCGAUUGUGGUGGUGGUGGUUGCAAUGGAGUCGGCGAUGGUGGUGGAGGUGGAAGUGGUAGUGUUGGAGGAUGGUGGUGGUAGUGGCAGCGAUAGUAGCGGUGGCGACGGUGGAGGUGGUGGUGACGCACGUGACAAUGGUUAA